AUGACGUCAGCAACGAGCGUCUACCGAAAAGACUCCAGUGCUGACGUCAUUCUUAAUUACGAGAGCAACCAUCCGGCGGCCCACAAAAGGAGCUGUGUCCGAACCCUUUUCCACCGGGCCCAUCGUUGCUGUAACAGCGAUGAUCUACUUAAGAAAGAACUCGCUUUCCUGUAUCGGCUAUUCCGGCUCAACGGAUACCCGGUUAGCUUUGUGAAAAAUUGUCUCAGACAUCGGAGACAACCGCAAGGCGCUGGUUCUAAUGAGGGACCAGAACUACGGAAAUACUUCUCUCUACCCUACAUGCAGGGCAAUUCCGAAGCGGUCGCCCGACAACUAAAUCGGUUUGGCAUCUUCAUUGCCCACAAGCCAGCGUCCUCCCUGCGCGCAACGCUAUCUCGAGUAAAAGAUCCUAUACCAAAAGAGCAGCAAACCAAUGUCAUCUACCGCAUUCCGUGUGCUAACUGCUCUUGCCACUAUGUUGGUCAUACAGGCCGACGACUCGGGACGCGUAUAAACGAACAUAAUCUAGCCAUCCGCCGACGUGACCCUUUGUCACUGGUGUUUACGCACGCCCUUGAAUACGAUCAUCGCUUCAAUUGGGAAGGAACUGAAGUUGUUGCCACGGCAAACACCAAACAGGCCCGAGAAUUCCUCGAAGCCUGGCACUCUAACACGACCAGCAUCAAUCGCCAUGUCGAUCUGGAUGCUCAUUACGAAGGUCUGCGUGUCCGGCUCACUGACUUGCGCCCACGACCUAACAACAGCCGCUGA